AUGAUUUUUAGAGGUUUAAAAUCUUUAAAAAAUGGUUUCAAUACAAAUAAUAUUUUAAUUUCAACUAAUCAAUCAUUUAAAAGAUUUAAUAUUACUCCAAUAACAACAUCAUCAUUAUUUAGAAACUUUACAACCAAUAUCGAACCAAAAAUCGAAUCUUCAACCGUUAAUACUACCACUACAAACAUACCAUUAAGUCAAUCACAAACUGAAAACAUACCAAUUACACCAAAAAAAACAUUUCAACCAGUAAAAUUAGAUGGUAAAUUAUUAGCUUCUCAUAUUGUAAGUAGUAAAAAAUCAAUUAAAGCAGAUACAGAAGAUUUUAUUAAAAACUCUGGUGUAACACCAAAUUUAGUUGUAAUUUAUGUAGGAGAUAGUAAACAAAUUGAAUCUUAUAUUAAAGCAAAGAGAACGGGAUGUGAAGAUGUUGGAUUUAAAUUUACAUUGGAUAGAUUUUCAUCAGAUAUUAAAGAGGACCAAUUAAUAAAAAAGAUUAAAUAUCAUUCUGAAGAUCCUUCAGUUCAUGGUAUAAUCGUUCAAUUACCAUUACCUGAUAAUUUGAACAAAGAUGCAAUCAUUCAAUCAAUUGAUCCAAAAAAAGAUGUUGAUGGUUUAACUUCAACAAAUUUAGGUCAAAUUAUGAUUUCUAAAAAACCAUUAUAUAUACCAUGUACACCAUUAGGUAUUUUAGAAAUUUUAAAAGCUUAUAAAAUUAAAGUUGAAGGUAAAAAUGUAGUUGUAUUAGGACGCAGUAAUUUAGUUGGUAGAACCAUUGCAACUAUUUUAUCACAAAAGGAUUUAACAAAUCCAUCAAUUAUGAAUGGUGCAAAUGUUACCAUAAUUCAUAAAUAUUCAAAAAAUCAUCUUGGAUCAAUUAGACAAGCUGAUUUAAUUAUUUCUGCAACAGGUGUGCCAGGAUUAAUUAAAAAAGAAGAUUUAAAGAGAGGAGUAAUUUUAAUUGAUGUUGGUAUUAGUUUUAAAGAAGAUAGUACAAAGAAAUCAGGAUAUAAAAUGGUUGGUGAUAUAGAUCCAGAGGCAUACAGUAGAUCGAUUGCAUACACACCUGUUCCAGGUGGUGUCGGUCCUUUAACUGUGGCUUGUCUUUUAAGAAAUGUUUUAAGAUCUGCAAUUUUACAAUAUAGAAUUCAAAGUGCAAGAGUUGGUUCUGCUUUAAAUAAUAAAUUUACUGAAAAAAACAAUAAUAAUAAUAAUAAUGUAAAUAAUAAUAAUAAUAAUAAUAAUAAUAAUAUCAACGAUGAUAAUAAUAAUAAUAAUAUUGAUAACAAAAAUAAAAAUAAAAAUAGAAAAAGUAGAAAAUAA